AUGACCGGCGGGGGAAACGGAGACGGUAAUGGCAGCGGCGGAACUGGCAACGGUGGUGAUGUAACUCCGCCAGGACAGGUGGCGGUCCAGACAGUGCAUAACUGCAAACUCCCGCCUUUCUGGAGAGCGUCCCCGGAAGCAUGGUUUUUCCAGAUCGAGUCUGCUUUCAACUGCAAUCAAGUGCGUUCAGACACGACACGUUUUAACCUCGUCGUCGCAGCUUUAGACAGCGAGGUCGCGCAAGAGCUUCUCGAUGUUCUGCGCGCUGUGCCAGACACAGGCAAAUACGACUACCUGAAGAGGCAUGUGCUAGCGAGAUUCGCCGACACUGAGGAGAAGCGCCUUCGAACCCUCUUCACGCAACUGCACGUCGACGGUCGCACUCCGUCGCAGUUAUUGCGUCACAUGCGCUCCCUUGCAGGCAACAAGGUCAGUGACGAAGUGCUCAAGGUCAAGUGGUUAGAUCUCCUCCCAGUGCCUACCCAGAGGAUAAUGCGUGUCCUCAAGAACAACACGCUAGAUGAAUUGGCAGAGGCUGCUGAUCACAUGGCAGACACGCCUGCAUUGGUAGAUGCCAUCCGGCCGCAAGGGCAUCAGCGAACUCCAUCGCCGAAUCGUGCCUCCUCGUUGAAUUUUGAAGCCGCCCUUUCAGCUCAGGCCGUGGAGAUAGCUGCUCUACGCGCUACCAUGACACAGCUCUUGGCAACAGUCCAAAAGCUCUCGGAUUCGUCUGAAGGAGGCCAGCGCUCGGGGCGGCAACGGAAUCGCAACAACAGCCGCAGUAACAACAGAUCCCGCUCGCCCACUCCCUCGCAGAAUGGUUACUGUUUUUAUCAUCAUCGCUUCGGCAUGGAUGCUAGGAAGUGCGAGCAGCCUUGUGCCUGGAAAUCUCUUCCGGGGCAGGGAAACUAA